AUGCAGGGUGUCGUCGCGACGCUGAGCGGGAAGAUGGCGGGAGGGAUGAGGAGAGUAAUGGUAUCGAACUGGAGGUCAGGGUAUCCAGCUAUCUCCGCUCUCCUCCCUCCUCUCCCUUCCCUCCGCCAUCGUCCCUUUCCUGAAUCAGGGCAGUCUUCGUCGCCCCCACUCGCUGGAUCCUCUGAGCCGACGGUCAGGUCGUGCACAGCUAGCGAUCAGAGGAGCGCGUCCUUCAAGCUGCUCAUGAAGAGAACCGCUGGGACCAUGAGCCAUGCCCUCGCAUCCAGUGCAGGAGCCUUGAAAGGCCCCCCUGCCCGCUCCUUCUCCUCCCCUGCUGGGAACUUGAAGGCAGUGACUCGCCAGUCGCGGAGGAGGAACGAGAGGUACGAGUUCAGAAGACUGCGACGACCCCUGCAGAACGUGUACAAGCUCUCACGACCUCUCCGACCCGCCGAGAGGCUUCAAGCUCACAAGCUUGCCAAGAGAUAUUUCCCAAUGGCGGUUGCGAUGCGGCGCCUGGCAGACGAUGGUGAGAGGAAGCAUAGCUCGGCUGCUCAAGGGGAUCCUAGACCGCAGGAGUCGCAGAUACCUUCAUGUCCACCGCCUCAAGAUCCCGUGAGCCAUGGCAACCUUGACGCCUGUGUGCUAACCACUUGCUCCCUCCCUAGUUUGCCAUCCCUGAUCCUUGAGCCGUGGAGAGAGGACAAGGUUUCCAAGUCGCCACAGCCGAGCGACGUGAAGGCUGACGGGAAUGAAAAUCCCCCUGUUGUCAAGCCGAAGGCUGUGAAGAAGAGCAAGUUAGCUGUGCAGGCAGACGGGGCUCAGGGGAAGGAGGAGGUGGUAAAAGUAGCGAAAUUGCGGAGAAAGUCGGAUGCGCCCAUUACCGGCCUCAGUCAGGCAGACUUGGACGCCAUCUUGGAGGGCACAGGCAUCCCACAAGCAGCUGGCAAAGAUGUGAAGCCCAUCACGAUCGAAGACCUCGGUCAGCCCGGAGAUAUGGUGGAUGAAGGAAUGCUUCCUCCUCGCAGGGGCAAGAAGAGCGCGAGACAGAUGAAGCAGAUGUCGUUCCAAGAAGAAGACGAUCUCUUCGACGAGGAUGAGGAUGGGUCGGAUAGGCGUCCUCCUCGGAGGGGAGGCAAGCAGCUCUCGAAACCGAAGAAGAUGUCAUUUCAUGAUGAGGACGAUCUGUUCGACGAUGACGAUUACGAGAUCGAUGGACGUCCUGCUCGGAGGGUAGAGAAGCAGCAGACCGGGAAGAGAAAAGGCGGCAGAGCGAGGGAGGACGAGGACAUGGACGAAGACGAGGAUUGGAAGGAAAGGCGUUCUCCUCGCUCCCCCGGGAAGUAUGGGGAUGUACGAGAAUUGGAUGAGAUGGACCACAAGUCCUUCCUGGCCUUGAAGGGCAUUAAAGUACCAGUUACGAAUCCUGAAACCUCCUGGAUGAAUCCCGAGCAAGAAGCGUCUUGGUGGGGAGGGCUGGAUCGCGUGUGGAUUGUAACUUUUGCGCAGGCUGGGCUAUCAGGAGCUUGA